CCAUGCGAUUCGCUCAACGUGGGCGAUGGAGCGGCGGCAGAAGGAACGGAGGAACCCUAGCUAGCCAGGCAAUUACCAGUGGGUGAUGGUGAGUGAGGACUGGGGAGGAGGAGUGGUUGCAGUUAGGCCAAGCUAGAUAGGUAGUAGAAGUCCAUCACUCACUAUCAAUGGAAGGGGAGGGCACCCACCAAUUCAAUCAAUCAAGCUCACUCACUGACUUAAGUGUGUGUGUGUGUGUAGCUUGUGUGCUGCUUCUUCAUCUUUUCUCCCUUUCCCACGGCUCCAUCCAUUAUUAUUCGUCACUGUCCGGGUUUUAUUGCUGCAGCAGUACAUAAACAUUACAAAUAAUUGUUAUCUCGUUGUUACAAAUGCGAUGCAUCCUGCUGUGGCCUCUUGUUAAUCAUCCAUCCAUCCAUCCUUUGGGGUGCUUGUUUGCCAUGGCUCCUCAUCUGGAGAAGAACAAGGACGACGCCGCGACCACGCCGACCAUGGAGGAGGAAGAGGGGGAGCAUCAUUGUCAUGGCGACCGGCCGCUGCUCUCGGCGUGUGAGCAGGAGCAGCAGCAGGAACAGGAUGCCGACAAGCCAUUGCCAUUGCCGGCGAAGAGGAGGAGCAGCAGCCUGAGCAGAUCGUCAAGAUCAGGCGAGCAGGGGCGGGAUGAGGAGGCGGUUGGGCCCGGCGGCGCCGCACGGUCGCUGUCCUUCUCCAGGCUCUUCAACAGCUUCAGGAUGAUGGCCACCUCCACCACCUCCACCACCUUGGACAUUGACGAGCUAGCAGCCGCUGAAGACGGCUGCGCAGCUCUCAACCCUCAGCAGCAGCAGCAGUGGAAGCCGGUGUGCCGGACGCAGUCGAUGCCGAUGACGAGCAUUUCCAGGAGGCUCCCCGCUCAUGGCAGCAGGAAGCGGGUGGCGGACUCGAGCUCCCUGCGCCGGUUCCGGGUGUCGUCGCUGUCGUCGGCGGCGCCCGCGCCAUUGCCGGAAUCGUCGUCGCCGCCCUCUUCGCCAUCACCGUCGGAAGAAGAGGAGGUGGGGGAGGAGGAGGCGGUGUGCCGGAUCUGCAUGGUGGCGCUGCUGGAGGAGGAGGAGGAGGAAGGAGGGGCAGCAGGGGCCGGCGACGGCGUGCUGAAGCUGGAGUGCCGGUGCAAGGGCGAGCUGGCGCUGGCGCACCGCCGCUGCGCGCUCAAGUGGUUCGGCAUCAAGGGCAACCCCAACUGCGACGUCUGCGGCCACGACGUCCUCAACCUCCCCGUCACCCUCCGCCGCGUCGCCGCCCCUCCCCCUCCUCCUCCCGUCGCCGCCGGCGACAAUGGCACCGGCAGCCAAGAAGAAGGAGGAACAGCACGGCGAGGAUUCAACAGAGGGGUGUGGCGGCACGGCACGGUGAUCCUGGUGACGGUCAGCAUGCUGGCAUACUUCUGCUUCCUGGAGCAGCUGCUGGUGGGCGACCACGGCAACGCGGCGGCGGCGCUGGCCGUCUCCGUGCCCUUCGCCGUCGUGCUCGGCACCUUCUCCGCGCUCACCACCGCCGGGAUGGCCUCCUCCCGGUGCUACGUGUGGGCCUACUCGGCGCUGCAGUUCCUGCUCGUCGUCCUCUUCACCCACCUCUUCUACCGCUACGUCAACCUCCAGGCCGUCAUCGCCAUCAUCCUCUCCGCCUUCGCCGGCUUCGGCGUCGCCAUCUGCGCCAACGCCGUGCUGCUCCAGGCCGCCCGCUGGAGGGCCGCCCGCCGCCCCCCGUCGCCGUCGGACCUCGAUAUCCCUCAGCCAUAGACAACAUAGUACAUAUGUAACUCUGCUGCACUCUACUUUCUUACUGUACAUAUAAAAGAUUUUGUGUAUGAAUAUAUGUAGAGAGUAUGAAAUAUACGUAUGUGUAGUAAGAAAAGGGCUUCUUGCUUUUAUUUAUCGAAAUUCUAGUCAA